UGAGCUUCCAAAAAGACAGGACACUCCACCAAUCCACUGGACACGGUAGUGUAAUGAGUUGUCUAAACCAGUUUCACUAACCAUGUCUCAAUCAGCAAAGGAAAACCAGGGGAGUGGGGAAGGGAAGACUCAAGAUAUGGCCAUUUUCAGCCCACCCGUAGUUCGCUCAGGCGCUGGCGCCCUCAACCGGGCUCUGUUCACAAAGACUGUCAACCUGGCUGCCGCCGCCGUUAACGAUAACCGUCUUAUAUCCAAGUACAGAAAAGAGCUUGAGCACAACAAGGAGCUCUUGCGCCAGGACAGACUGUCCCCUAUUGUGAAUCACCCAGACAAGGCCCUCGCCGACCAAGGAAAGAAAUGCCUGCUUCUUAGCCCCAACGUCAAGGCACCAGAACCAGAGACUUGGGGGGCUGCUCUCAAGGAAGGUGUCCAGAAGAAGGAGUUGUCUGUUAUUCCUUAUGAGCUCCAGCUCAACUAUGACUACUGGACAUAUCAUGAUAUCAUCACCUCUAUUCUUCCAGAGGAACUUCAUGACGAUAUCCCCUCUGGCUUCAACACCGCUGGCCAUGUCGCCCACAUGAACCUACGCGAACGUUACAUCCCCUACAAGAAGGUGAUUGCCGAGGUCAUCCUGGACAAGACCACCAACAUCCGAACCGUCAUCAACAAGGUUGACAAUGUCGGAGCCGAAUCCGAGUUCAGGACCUUCCAGUAUGAGGUUUUGGCUGGUCCCGACGACAUGCAGGUUCAGGUCACCGAGAACGCCUGCUCUUUCGAGUUUGACUACUCAAAGGUGUACUGGAACAGCAAGCUGGAAGCGGAGCAUCGUAGGCUCAUCAACAUGUUCGAGCCCGGCGAGGUGGUGUGUGAUGUCAUGGCUGGCAUAGGCCCCUUUGCGGUUCCGGCUGGCAAGAAGGGCGUCUUUGUCUGGGCUAACGACAUGAAUCCCGAGAGCAACAAGUACAUGCAGGUGGCCAUCAACAGGAACAAGGUUUCGCAAUACGUCCGUCCCUUCUGCGAAGAUGGCCGGACCUUCAUCCACCACGCCGCCGACUCAAUCCUUGAAGCCCACAAGAACGGCGAGCACGUCCUCAUCGCCCCCAAGCCGCCCUCGCGCGCCAAGAAGGCUCCCAAGCCCGAGCCCAAGCGCAUCGACAUCCCGCCCAUCAUCUCGCACUUCGUCAUGAACCUGCCCGCCACCGCCAUCGAGUUCUUGGGGUGCUACCGCGGUGUGUACGCCGGCCACGAGGACCUUUUCUCUGCCGAGAGCGGUCGCAAACUGCCCCUCGUGCAUGUCCACUGCUUCUCCUUCAAGGCUGAUGAUGAGACACCCCUCAACGAUAUUUGUGAGAGGAUCACCAAGUAUUUGGGCUUCCCUGUUAAACCGGGUAAUCCGGAUGUCGAGGGCGAGGUGGCGGUUCAUGAUGUUAGGGACGUGGCGCCGGCUAAGAGGAUGUUCUGCGCUAGCUUUAGGAUUCCGAGGGAGGUUGCAUUUGCGGAGAGAGUUUAAGGUAGCGAUUUUGCGGCUUUUGCCAACUGGAUGGCUGAACGGCCGGCUACUGGACGCUAUGCCUACGUGAUCGGUGGUCUAUGGCUUUUCACUGUUGACUUUGGUCCAUUGCAAGCUGGAAGAGCAUGCAUGGAUGGAUACCCCGGAUAUCACGGAGACGCUUGGGAAAGAGGUCUUGUUCGUCGGCGAUCUUGGGGGACUUCUAUGUUUAGCUAGUUAGAAACUAUCUUGCCUAGGUUGCGCUGUGAGCUAGCUGGGAAAAGGAACAAGUUCAAGAGACAUGUAUGAGUGACUUGGAAGCAAGGGGAUUUAUCGUCACCCUCAACAAGUUUGUGUCAUUCGAGUAUCACCGUGACUGAAUGAGAGCGACAACGAAGGCAAUGACAAACCUUUGACACUACUACUUCCGCCG